AUGAUCGUCCACGGCAUCUCCCGCCUCUGCUCCUCCUCGCUGGAGCCCUUUGGGGAGCUGCAGCAGGAGGUGGAGAUCCACCGCACCUACGUCUCCCAGUCCGUCCACCUCUUCAUCCUCUACUUCUUCAACGUGGCCGUGCUGGCCACCUACCUCCCGCAGGAGGCCCUGAAACUCAUCCCCCUGCUCACAGGGCUCUUCGCCAUCUCCCGGCUGAUCUACUGGCUCUCGUAUGCCAUCGGGCGCUCCUUCCGUGCCUUCGGCUUCAGCAUGACCUUCCUGCCCCUCCUGGCCAUGCUGCUCUACAACCUGUACGCAAUGUUCAUCCUGGAGCCCGAAAACCUCGCCGUGGCGGGCGCGAAGGCUGAGGACCCCUCCAAGGACAGCAGGAACAAGCUUCGAUUCUGGGGGUGAGAGGGGCCGCAGGGAGACCGGGGAGCUCACUUGCAGCCCCCAGGGUGCCCUCUCCUCACGCUGGGCUGAGAUGUACUAGGACAAGCCUCAAAGGUGGACAGGGACAGGCAGAUCCAGCUGGGUCCCUGCUCCCUGCCCGGGGCCAGCAACAUCCUGCGGGAUGCCAAGGGCCGGGCUGUGAAACCCUCCCUGCUGGGAGUUUCCUGCAGGAGGGUGAAUGGGGGCCCCAGAGCAAGUCCCAGCAAGCAGCAGGGCCCAGUUCAUGGGAACGGGCAGGUGGAAGGGACCCAAACUUCUUGCUGGAGUUGGCUUUGCCCAAUAAAACCCUUCACUA